AAUGUCAAAUAUAUUCUUGGUGAGAUUUGUCUAAUUGGCAGAAGAAAAUAUUUGUGCUGCGAAUUUUCAACCCUUUUUGCCACGUUAUUUGCUGAAUUAAACCUCAGAAUUUAAUUUAUUUUGGUCUUUGAAUAAUAAUUUCAAUAUGAAAAUCUACACAAAUGAAGGGAAUCCCUUUGGACUUAAACUGCAACUUUUGGCCAAGUUCGCAAAACGUGAGGUGGUUGUGGAAAAAGUUAACCUAAAUGAUGCAAACGGCAAGGAUUUUCUUUUGUUGCCAACAUAUGAACUGGAAAAUGGUAUCAAGUUGUUUUCCACAGAUGCUGUAGCAAAAUAUCUCUUUCCUGAAGAAGGAUUGCAGAGGGAUGAGUGGUUGGAGUGGUCCACUACAUUGCUGGCACCUGCAUUAGUUCACAAAAUGGGUGUGGGCCACCGUGCAAAUCCAAAUGCCUCGCCCGUCCUCAAUGCUUUAGUAAAGAAACUAGAAGACACUUUAUCUAAAACACCAUUUUUAAUAGGUGAUAAAUUGUCAGCUGCCGAUAUCUCUGUGUGGUCUUUAUUGGCCCCUGAUGGUACCCUAAAAGGUGCUCAACAGAUUGAUAAUCUUCUGGUGUGGUAUAGGAAAAUUUGUGCCAUGCCAGAAGUGCAAGCAGUACUGGCAACAGAACCAUUGAAAGAUUUGACAUUCAAUGCUUUGCAAAACUCGAAUCGUUUUGGCGGCCUUUACCAUGUUCCUUUGAAAGUAUCUGCUUCAUCAGCUGAUGCCGGUAAAUUCUUGGCCGAUGCUGGUUCUAAUAUAGCUGAUACUCUAACGGAGGAGGAAAUAACAUCGGCACGAAAUAACUUUGUUUACAAGAAACCUGCUGAACGCCAAGAGCCUCGUACAGUUCUGCCAAAGGCUGGUGAACGCAAUGUCUUGAUCACAUCUGCCCUACCUUAUGUUAAUAAUGUACCGCAUUUGGGCAACAUAAUUGGCUGUGUGCUAUCUGCGGAUAUAUUUGCAAGAUAUUCGCGUUCAGUGGGCUAUAAUACUCUAUUGAUUUGUGGCACAGAUGAGUAUGGCACCGCCACCGAAAACAAAGCCUUAGCCGAAGGAUUAACUCCCAGGGAAAUUUGUGAUAAAUACUUCGAAUUACACAAUGGUAUUUACCGUUGGUUUGGCAUCGGUUUCGACUACUUUGGACGUACCACAACUCAGGAACAAACAGAAAUUGUCCAAGAGGCCUUCCAUGAUGUCUAUAACAACGGUUACAUUCUAACUGAAAGUGUUGAGCAAUUGUUGUGCCAAAAAUGCGAUAGGUUUUUGGCAGAUCGAUUUGUUGAGGGCACAUGCCCCCAUCCCGGUUGCGGUUAUGAAGAUGCCCGGGGUGAUCAAUGUGACAAAUGUGGUAAACUCGUUAACGCCACUGAACUGAUAAGACCUCGUUGUAAAGUUUGUAAUACUGCCCCAGUCAUACGUUCUUCAGACCAAUUGUUCCUUGAUUUGCCUAAAGUUGAACCACAAUUGCGUGAAUGGAUUGAACGCGCAGAACACGGUUGGACGAACAAUGCUCGAGUCAUCACACGUGCUUGGCUACGUGAAGGUUUGAAACCCCGUUGCAUUACUCGCGAUUUGAAAUGGGGUAUUCCUGUACCACACAAAGGAUUUGAAAAUAAAGUAUUCUACGUUUGGUUUGAUGCACCAUUCGGUUAUGUCUCCAUGACUAAACGUUACACCAAGGACUUCAAACAAUGGUGGCAGCCCGAAAAGGGUGUUGACGUAGAACUAUACCAAUUCAUGGCCAAGGACAAUGUUCCGUUCCAUUCAGUGGUCUGGCCUAGUGCUUUGUUGGCCAUAAACAAGGGCAACACCAUGGUGUCGCAUAUAAUGGCAACAGAAUAUUUGAAUUAUGAAGAUGGCAAGUUCAGCAAGAGCCGUGGAAUUGGUGUUUUUGGUAAUGAUGCUCAGGAUACUGGUAUACCUGCUGAUGUAUGGCGUUUCUACUUGGCUUGUGCUCGUCCCGAGGGCCAAGAUUCAAGCUUUAGUUGGAAUGACUUGGCGGCCCGUAAUAACUCCGAACUUCUCAACAAUCUGGGUAAUUUUGUUAACCGUGCCCUGGUUUUCUGUGAAAAGAACUUCAACGGUACCGUGCCGGCCAUGACUCUCACCAAUGACGAGGAGGUUCUCUUGGCUCUCAUCAACCGUGAAAUACGUGGAUACAUUAGUUCGGUGGAGAAGGCUCGUUUGCGCGACGGUAUUCGUCACUUGUUAUCCAUAUCAAGACAUGGCAAUGGCUAUUUGCAAAGUCAGCAACCUUGGGUGCUGCUCAAGGGAAGUGAAGAACAAAAGGCCAGAGCAGCAACAAUUAUUGGUAUUUGCGUAAACAUCGCCUGCUGGUUAGCCAACUUGAUAUUCCCUUACAUGCCUUCCACUGCACGCACUAUGUUUGAACAAUUAAACACAAAACAGAUAUUACUGAAUGCAGAAAAACCAUACGUCUCUAUUUUGUUGCAAACUGGACACAAGAUUGGUAAACCAGCCCCUCUGUUUGCCAAGUUAGAACAACAGUUCAUUGAUGAAAUGAAAAAGAAGUAUUCUGGACCCCAAGUUACUACAUCGUCAGGAUCUGGCCUAUCUGUUGCUGAUUUGGAGAAGGCUGUUCAAGAACAAGGAGAAAAACUAAGACAGCUAAAAUCAACAACAAAAGACAAGGCAGUAUUGCAGCCAGAGAUCGAUAAGCUAUUAGAUUUAAAGAAACAACUAUCUGAGGCACAAGCUGCUGGUGAGAACAAGCAGAAUGGUACCUCAUCAGUCAAAGAUUUGGAAGCAGCUGUUCAGGCGCAGGGUGAAAAAGUGAGGCAAUUGAAGGCACAAACUAAAGACAAGUCCGUAUGGCAGCCAGAAGUCAACAAACUUUUGGAUUUAAAGAAACAAUUGGCUGCUGCACAAUCUGGAACUUCCACUCCCGCCACAACGAAUCCUGCUCCAGCAUCUGAUGCAAAUCAAGUCAAAGAACUUGAGGAUAAAAUAGCCAAACAGGGUGAAAAGGUACGCACAUUGAAGGCGGCUGGUGAUGCAUCAGUAUGGAAACCAGAAGUGGAGAUUCUAUUGGCUCUCAAAAAACAAUUGUCCGCUUUGACUGGGGCUCCAGAUGCAAAUGCUCAAGGCAAAAACAAGAAAAAGAAAUAGAAGCAUUUCAUAUAAAGUCAGCAUUUUGUGCUUUUUUACAUAAAGUCGAUGGUGUUCUUUUUAUAUUUCACUCAUUUUCACAAUAAGUCAUAAUCGUAUUGCGUGAGGAAAGCAGAAUUAAAGACUUAUUUUUUGCGUAUGAUUCUUAACAUUACAUUUGUAUUCGUUGUUACAAAUAUUUAGUAAUUUAUUUAUGUCUUUGUCUAAGAAAAUCAUUAAAAUAUAGACGAGUAUCCCUUUUAUACAUUGUAACGAUAUUAAUGAUUCUUUAUAUUUAUUUCACAUCUUUCAAGUUAUUUGAACCGCUCAAUAAAAAUUUCCAAUUUAUAACGAAA